AUGGUCCUCAGAUCGCCAACAUUCCUAGUGGGCACGGAGAAGCAGCGAACGCUUCUCAGCGAGUUCUCACGCAAAGAGCAGCAUUUCAAUGAGGAGUACCAGAAGAACAAGCCACUCUGUUUCAGCGCGAAGAGCUACCAGCGCACACAUCCAAAGAAGCUCAGCUUGGGACACAAGGACGCCGACGCCACCCUGGCUUCGCCAAUGAUCUUGGGAGUGGCGGAUGGAGUGUCCCAGCUCGAGGAGUUUGGGAUGGACGCCUCGCAGCUUCCCCGCGAGCUGCUUCGGAUCUGCGAGGAUCUGGGGAUGAACCAGCUGAUCCCGGACCGGCAGGUGAACCCGCAGGAAGCCUACCAGGGGCCUGUGUCCUUGCUGAAGGAGGCCUACGAGGAGACCGAAAGCAUGGGUUCUACCACCAUCCUGCUUGCAGUCCUUGACAAUAGCACGAAGAUUCAUGGGAAGCUACACCCCAUGGUCGCCGUGCUCACGAUAGGUGACUGCGAGCUCUUGAUGCUGCGAAGAUUAGAUGGUCGGCAGUCUCCUUUGCAAGCCGUCUUCCAUACAGAGAUGCAGCGCAUUGAUGGACACUCGCAAACGCCACUGCAGCUGGCUCGGGUCGAUGAUCGGGUGGAUCCCGAUUUCGACGAGGAGCUGGCGCUGGAGGUCAUCGAGCGAGGCAGCGCUGUUCAUUGUGUGUCGGCUUACGAGGGCGACAUCAUCAUUCUGGGAAGCGACGGGAUUUUCGACAACCUGUUCCUGGAAGAGAUUGUCGACAUUGUCAACGAGUCUUUGCCGGCACCCAAAGCCGGCAGCUUUGUGGCAACCCAGCCGAGCCUUUUGAGCCUUUUGGCCAAGCGCCUCGUCGACGAAGCGCACAGCAAGUCCGAGGUUGGCCGCCACGGCCUCCCAGACACGCCCAUCGGUCUGGGAGGGAAGAUGGAUGACACCUCGGUGGUUGUGGGAGAGGUGGUCGAGUGGACACGUGCUCACAGCGAGGUCUGGGCUCAGGUGCGGAAGCAGCACCAGUGGAGAGGAUUAGUUUCUUGUGGAGGGAUGGAUAACAUGGCGUGCCGCUCCUGCCGCUUCGGCGAUGACAGCGGGAGCGAAUAUGAGCUGGACAUCAGCCAGGAGAAAGGCGAGCGCGGCCUUUGUUCGACGGUCGUGUCCGAUGGGGACUCGGAUGACGAGGGAAAUAGAUGUGUGUUGCAAUGA